AUGGUUGGUGAGCAUAGAGAUUACUUGUCUAAUGUGAUCUCCGCUUUAGUAGCUGAAAAGUUAGUUCAUAAGGGAUGUGAAGCUUACCUGACUUAUAUUCUGGGCAUGAGUGUUAGUGGAUCAAAUUUGGAAGGUAGUCGUACUAUGAGAGAGUUUCCCGACAUCUUUCUGGAAGAGCUACUUAGAUUACUUCCAGAGCGAGAGGUUGAAUUUGGGAUAGAUUUGCUGCCUGGGACUACUCCGGUGUCCAUUGCUCCUUACUGCUGUUUGAAUCCAAGAACGAUCAACAUUCAGAUCCUCCGUGAGAAGAAGCUUUAUGUUAAGUUGAGUAAGUGCAAAUCUUGGCUUCAAGAUGUGAUGUUUUUGGGGCACAUGGUGUCUACUGAAGCUGAUUAUUAUCGAAGGUUUGUGGAAGGAUUUUCAUUGAUUACGGCUCCUAUGACUAAGCUGUUGAGGAAGAGUGCUCCUUUCAAGUGGACUGAGGAGCAGCAAGCUAGUUUUGAGAAGCUUAAGUCUGUGUUGACUCGAGUACCAGUUCUGAUUCAGCCCGAGAUUGGGAAAGAUUAUGUGGUUUAUAGUGACGUGUCCCAUAUUGAUCUUGGUUGUGUGCUGAUGGAAGAUGGCAAGGUUGCGGCCUAUGCAUUGAGGCAGCUUAAAUCGCACGAGUGCAAUUAUCUCGCUCACAAAAUUAAGCUGGCAAUUAUGGUUUUUUCCCUUACAAUUUGGAGACACUAUCUGGACAAAUUGAGAGUGGCAUCGAAUCGACAAAAAUCCUAUGUAGAUUUGAAGAGGAAGGAUAUAGAGUCCAAUGUCAAGGGUCAGGUAUUCCUUAAGGUAUCGUCAUGGAAGAAGGUUCUAAGAGUUGGUCGGAAGGGCAGGCUGAGCCCAAGGUUUAUUGGACCUUAUAGGAUCCUUAAGAGUAUUGGACCAAUGGCUUAUAAGUUGGAGUUACCUCCGAAACUGGACCGGAUCCAUGAUGUGUUCCGCAUCUCUAUGUUGAGGCGAUACUGA